AUGGGCCCUGAUUACAAAAAGUCCGAGGUGCGCUUGGAGGCUCUCGCAGACCUUCAAGUUCCUCAUGAUCUUUGCAUCUCCCCUGAUGGGACCCAAAUUGCCUAUACGUUGCAAGCUUACAGCAAGAAGGGCAAGCAUGCCACCUCCGCACUAUGGAUCGCCAAAGUUGGCGAAGAAAACAGCAGUCGCCAGUUCACUUCAGGCCUAUUCAACGAUGAACACCCCCAAUGGUCUCCUACGGGAACAAUGAUUGCAUUCAAAUCAGAUCGACACCAGGCGGGAAAAGGCUCGGCAAUAUAUGUGUUGUCAGUCGAGGGUGGCGAAGCAUAUCCUAUAACGCCAGUGGACCACGAGAAGCCAAUUGAAGCCUUUCAAUGGAACUCCACCGGUACCAGUAUCGCCUUUACCAGCGCGGACGAGAAGACAGAUGAGCAGGUUGCAAAGGAGAAAGCGAAAGAUGACCCGACAGUCUGGGGGCAAGACCUGGAAUACCACCGCCUGAGAAUUGCUCAUAUAGCAACUAGCCAAAUUGACACCGUCGUUGGAGGUCAUAGACAUGUCCAUGACUUUACUUGGAGCCCUAACUCCCGACAGAUUUGCUUCGUUGCAAAUAGGGAUCCCGAUAUCAACUCCGCUUCGUUUUACGGUACAGAGAUCUGGACGAUCUCUCAAUCUGGAACGGAUCCUAAGAGAAUUGUCAAGUUCCCCGGGCCAGUCAGCCAGAUCGUAUGGGGAGACUCUGGCGUCUACUUUAUUGCAGGUCAUUCCCCGACUCACGUCUUGACCUCGCUUUCAUUAUAUGAACUUGAUAUUGGGAACGGGUCGUAUAGAGAGCAUAGAGAGGACAAUAAGGAGCACUGUUGCAUCACUAUUCGGAGGAAUCAAUCUUGUCUAUCCUACCGUCUGCAGAGGUACCUAGCCGAUGAGUUUUACUCAAUCAGCAGUGACGGCACUCGUACAAAGGUGUAUAGCGAUGAGUGCGAGAUGAUUUCAUUUGACGUCUUUAAGACUUCAGAUGAUACUAUCGUUGCGGCCACGAAGGGUGAUGGGUCAAAUCCCGAAGAGGUUUUUACUAUCUCCAAGUCAGCAGGUACAGUCAAACUGUCCGCUCACAACUCCUCUAUCGCUGCCCUAAGCAUAUCCAAAUCAAGGGCAAUCUCAACCCGCGCGACAGAUGGCUACCACCUCGACGGAAUGAUAUAUUUUCCCUCUAAAUAUAACCCUGAAGACGGUCCACUAGCCACGAUUCUUAUUCCGCACGGAGGGCCCUACUGGCGGAUCACCACCGGCUUUGCCGUCUGCCAUUGUCUCGAGGUUCCGGUACUAGUCUCUAUGGGCUAUGCUGUUCUUUGCCCUAACUACCGUGGUGGGAGUGGUCGAGGCGAGAGUCAUGCGGCUUACGCUCGUGGAAGGGCCGGCACAGUCGACUAUACGGACUGUAUUGACAUCCUCCGAUACACUAUCGCUAGGGGCUGGGUGGACCCUUUGCGCGUAGUAAUCGACGGUUGGUCGCAGGGCGGAUUCCUGUCCUAUUUUGCGGUCACCCGCGAUGAUUUCCAGUUCCGAGGAGCUAUAUGUGGGGCAGGUAUAACAGACUGGGACUCUAUGGCGAUGAUGAGCGAUGCUUACUCGAUGCAAGCUGAAAUAGCUAGCGGGGCUCCAUGGGAUGUGGAUGUGGAUGAGAACUCAAGGCCCCGGGAAGACUCGACAAGCCCUUCGAAGCAGUGGAUCAGCGACACAAAUGGCCGCAGGGCAAGUGCAUUAUGGCACAUGCGUAAUGUGAAGACCCCGGUCCUGAUUCUUCAUGGCGAGAACGACGUGCGUGUGCCUUUGGAACAAGCCAUCGCGUUCUAUCGUGCAUGUGUUCGCAACAAUGUGCCGGUUGACAUGGUGACGUAUCCUCGAGAAGGACACCUCAUCGGUGAACGGAGACAUCUCAUAGACAUGUGGGAGCGGCUGAGGAGGUUCUGUUCUCUGCAUUUACAGUGA